ACUGCUCCAUCGGUCCCAGCUCGACCAGAGCCACCACGCUACUGCCAAGCUGCUGAUCCUCAGCGAGACUGCAAUGGACACGCCCUCGCCGCCGCCGCCGUCGUCCGCGGAGCACGAGAAGUACAUGACGGUGUGGUCGGCGCCGCCCAAGAAGCCGGCGGGGCGGACCAAGUUCCGGGAGACGCGGCACCCGGUGUUCCGCGGCGUGCGGCGACGCGGCCAGGCGGGGCGGUGGGUGUGCGAGCUACGCGUCCCGGGCCGGCGCGGCUCGAGGCUCUGGCUCGGCACCUUCGCCACGCCCGAGCUGGCGGCGCGCGCGCACGACGCCGCCGCCAUCGCGCUCUCCGGCCGCGCCGCCUGCCUCAACUUCGCCGACUCCGCGUGGCUGCUCCCGCCGCUGAUGCCCGCGGCGCUGGGAAGCGAGCGCGAGGUCAAGGACGCGGUCGCCGAGGCCGUCGAGGCGUUCCGGCGGCGCUCGGUGUCGGCGUCGGCACCGUCGGCGCCAGCGGUGCAGACGGCCGACGAGGACGAGGGUGACAGUGGCUCUCCUGGCGCAGCGCCGUCGCCCGACGUCUUGUUCGAGCUCGACGACGUGUUCGGGUUGGGCGGCAUGGUUGAUGCCGGAUCGUACUACGCGAGCUUGGCGCAGGGGCUGCUCGUGGACGCGCCGGACGCCGUUGGAGCGGGAGCGUGGUGGGAGGACGUCGAGCAUGGCACCGCUGAUAUGGCACUAUGGAGCUACUAGCGUAAUACUACCUCCAAUCAAAGAAAGGAUGAAGUUCACUAGCACACAAAAAACAAUAUCCUGAUUGUCUGAAACGUCAAGAGUAGUAGUAGCUUGCUUCUGACAAAAUUUUGGAUGGUUCAUAAUUGAGAGAAACAGAGCAUCGGAUAGUGAGGGGGGUUUGCGAUUUAGAAUCAGCAUUGUAGUAGUUCUCUUGUUCCUUAAGCCCUCUUCCUAAUUUAGGCACGCUAAGUUGUCAUUUUUUUUGCUUUUA